AUGCUGGCGCGCCAACGCGCGCCUGACGUGCCGCCGCCUGAAGACAUCGACGCGCUGAUGCGCCGAGUGGCGUUGGGGCUCACAGCCGCGGAGCAGCCAACGGAGGUGUUGCCUGCCGUGGCUACCCUGGCGGCGCGCUUUCCCAAAGCGACGACGCUGCUGCGCCGCGCACCCCGCGGCGAGGCGCUGCCGACACUCCUGGGCCCGUUCGCGGCCCUGCCAGACGGCGCCUGGCCGGGCGUGACCCGCAUCUCCGACUUGAGUAUCGGCCACAGCCACGAGGACACCCGGCUCCUGGAGCACCUGGCGCGCCUCUGCCCAGGCCUUUUGUCGCUCGGCCUGCGCCUGGCAGACCUGGCCCCCGACCACCUGCGCACCGCUCGAAGCAGCGGCCACACUUCCAAGCUGGGCCUGACCUGCUGGGCGUCCGCCCUUGAUUGCCAUAGCGCCGUCGCGGCGGCGCUGCAGCACAUGACCAAGUUGCAGCGCGUCGAUAUCUGCCUGGCCCUCCGCUCAAGCUACAGCUACGAUAGCGACUAA